GGAGGCCUGGUCCCUGGCGCGGGCGCCGACACGCCGCUUAGCGGCGGCCCCUGGAGAGGCUGCCUCCUCUCCCCUCCGCUCCUCCUCCUUCUCCUCCUCCUCCUCCCCCUCUCCCUCCUCCUCCUCUUGGCGGCGAGUGAGUGAGGCUGCCUGGGGGACCCGGGAGCAGCCCUGUGCCCCCAGCGGUUCGGGCCGCGAUGAAGUCGGCCUGAGCGGAGCGCUCGCGCGCCGCCUCUUCCUGCCUUCCUCCGUCCCUCGGCCACCCCGCGCGUCCUCGCUCCCCGGCGCCUCCUCGUGCGGGGCCCCGGACCCCCGAGGGAAGAUGGCCGCGGAAGCGGCACGGAGCUGGCUGGACGCGCUGGCCCAGCAGGCCGAGGAGGGCUCGGCCCCGCUGCGGGAGCUGCUGUCGGCCGGCCUCUACCUGCUGCGCACCGAACUGGGCCUCGACCUGGGGCUGGAGCCGCACAGCUAUCCGGCCUGGGUGAUCCUGCUGGGCACGGCCGCGCUCGGGCUGCUGCUGCUGCUCCUGCUCGGGCUGGGAUGGGCCGCGGCUUGCUCCGGGGCCCGCCAGAGGCGGAGGAGCCCGCCCCGCCGGCGGGAGGAGGUGCCGGCCCCGGCCCCGGCCCCGGAGGACGGAGCCCUGCUGAAGAGCCUCAGGAGCGAGGAUUCGAGGAAGAAGAACCGGAAGAGAGUGGCUGAGAAGCCCAAGCCAAAUGGUCGUACUGUGCCUCAAGUGCCAGAGGAGGAAGUGAUUACAUCUCCUCGAAGAGAAGCAGCAAAGCAGCAGCAGCAGCCGCAGCCGCAGCAGCAGCAACAGCAGCAGCAACAGCUAGAUGCAGAAAAGAAAAAUGAAAAGUUAAAGAAAAAUAAGAAGAAAUCAAAGUCAGAGGUUAAAGCAGUGCAGAACAGUUCACGCCAUGAUGGAAAGGAAGUUGAUGAAGGAGCCUGGGAAACUAAAGUCAGUAACAGAGAGAAACGGCAGCAGCGUAAGCGCGACAAGGUGCAGCCUGAUACUGGUCCCUUGGAUCCAGCUGUCUCGGGGAUAGAAAGUGCCUAUACAGUAACCACUGAGCAGCUUAUUACAGCUUCGUUUCCCGUUGGUUCCAGGAAGAAUAAAGGAUUGAAUGAAAACCCUACUGUAAAUGGAGGCAGCUGGAAUGAAAAGUCAAUAAAAAUCCCUUCACAGAUCAGUGCAGGUGAGGAGAAAUGGACAUCUGUGUCAUCUGCUUCAGCUGGAAAGAGGAAGAUUGAGCCAUCUAUUUGGGGUCAGGAUACUGGAGAUACUAGUGCAAAUGGAAAAGACUGGGGUGUGUCCCUGGUGGGAAGGACCUGGGGUGAACGUUCAUUAUUCCCUGGCACUGCUUCUUGCUCUGGUAACGUGGAUAGGAGGGUAAAUAAUUCGACUGAGCAGAAUUCUGCUCCCUUUCCAUCUCUGGCACUCACCACUGCAGUUUCUGGGUCUACCGCUGAGGUUUCUCAGUCUACUGCUUCUGAUUUUCAGUGGGAUGUAAGCCGUAAUCAACCCCAUAUCGAUGAUGAAUGGUCUGGGUUAAAUGGACUUUCUUCUGCUGAUCCCAGCUCUGAUUGGAAUGCUCCAGCUGAAGAGUGGGGGAAUUGGGUAGAUGAAGAGAAGUCUUCAUUUCUGAAAUCCCAGGAGUUGGUCCAUGAUGAGAAAUUUUCAGAUGAUGAUAAAGAAAAGGAAGAUGUGCCUCUUCAGAGUUCUGCCUCUGGUAAAUCUAAAAAGAAGAAAAAGAAAAAGAAGAAGCAAAGUGAAGAGACUAACUCUCCAGCACAGGAUACAGAAGAAUUAGAGAAAGAGUUUAGAGAAGAUUUUCCAAUGGAGACCUCUAAAGUCCAUCCAAAACAGAAAAAAGAUCCUUCUUUGAAGACCAUGAGCACUAGUGAUCCACCUGAAGUACUCAUCAAAAGUAGCCAGCCUGUUAAGACUCUUCCACUUGCUGUUUCUACCGAGCCAUCUGUAAUUUUAUCACAAAAUGAAUCUGACAAGAUACCUUCCCAAGUGCCCCAGACGCUACAAGAGACAGCUGUUUCCAAGCCUAAUCUUAAGCAGAAUAGUGUGCCUCCUUCCCAGACCAAGUCUGAAGCUAGCUGGGAAUCUCCCAAACAAGUAAAAAAGAAGAAAAAAGCUAGACGAGAAACGUGAAUGUUUUAUCCUGAAUUGGACAUGUGUUAUGCAGACACUGUCUUGAAGAUGAUGCUGUUUAUGCAAUAAUUUGUGAACAUGUACAGAAUUUUAUAUAAAUUUCAACUGAUUUUUAAAGACAAAACUGCUGUGAAUGCAACCAUCAUUAAAAUGGAAAUCAAAGGAAAGUUAAUUUGCAAAAUUAACAGCUCAGCAGAACAUGCUACAUUGCUGGAAGACGCUUAGGAGUCUCUUUUUCAAUUUUAUGAACUAUCUUAAUUUAAGAAUAUAGAUCUCCUGGUUUUACAACAGUGCCCUGUUUACAACAGAUUGUGUUCUGUCUCAUCUGCAGCUGAGGACUAGAGGAAUGUUUAGAGAAAGGGUUGGCUAUAAAAUAGUGGGUAUUUCUUGCAUCUUUGAUUCACAGAUUGUCUACCAUUUGAAUUUGCUUCACAUGUAAAUCAAAGUGCUUUGAUUAAUUGCAUAAUCUUCCACAUUUUACAUAUUUUUUGGUAGCAGUGUGUAUUAAAGGAGUCACAAGUGCAAAUACAAAAUCAUUUGUUGUCAUUUGUUUAGCUGAGCCUUUAUGGUUUAGUUGACAGAAAAAAAUGCUGUCAGUUAAAAGAUCAGAAAUGCAAUUGACACUUGAGUAUGGUUCAUGAAGUUAUUUUUGAUAGUCUUAAAUUACUUGAAUUCUUCAAAGUGCAGUAUAUUUUUAAUUAUAUUACAAAAACUCAACUAUGUGUAUAUGGUCUUGUUUCUGUUGUUUCUUUUAAAAAGUUCAUGCUCAUGUUUAAUUGCUCAUUUUUAAUGAUGUGAACUGUUAGUCAAACUCUAAGUCACCUUUUCCCUUUCCCAAGCAAUUAUUUUUACCAGCUUCAGCUCUGUUCUCUUUGUUGCUAAAAUGUCUUUUGACUUUAAAAUUGAAAUCAUUCACACACUAGUCAUACAAGACAUCAAAGUUUUGAUGGAGAAUGGAAGACUAAAAUCAGACAGCUUUAAUUGACAUUGUCAAGAACUCCAGUUAUCAGGAAUACAUUUUUUUACUGCCUUAACCUGUAGUGUGUAGAAUAUGCAUCUAAAUUUCUUGAGGGGGAAUUAGUGUUUUUAUAAGAAUUUUCAUGUAAGUAUUGCGGUUGUAGUUAAAUAAGGAACAUUUCGCACUUGAAACUGUAUUGAUUAAAAUGAUGUGUGAAAUGUUCCAUUUUCAGGCACUGUGUAAUUAUAUUGUAAUGAACUGGCAAGUAUCUUUGUAUCUAUAAAUAGUGCAUGCUCAGCCAUGUACACUGUAAAUAGCCUUUACCAAAUGUGUUUGACAAGGACCAUAAUUAACAUCGUUUAGUGAAUUGUGAUUGAGAAAAAAAAAGCCAUGAAUUAUUUGAUGCGAUUGGCUUAGUUGUUUUUAUGUGCUCAGAGACAUUGUUUGUAACAGCUGUAACCAAUGGUACUGAUCCAACCAUCCAAUAUUGUCUUAUUUUACUUGACUGCAGUUUGGUAGUAUUGACUUACAAAUGCUUAAAAGGGUAGAGAAACAAAAUGACUUUAGUUUUGCUGAAGAUUGGGCCUUUAUCAAUGAACCGCUUUCCUAAUAGUGAUUGCUAACUUUUAUACAGGUGUUAACAUCUGUUUCAGGAACAUGGCAGUAUGUUUACAUGUUCAGAGUUUUGUUUAAUUCAGUGACAUUUCUAAGUUGAUUUGUUUAAAUAAAUUGAGCAAAUGUUA